GCUCCGCUUAAUCUAUAAAUACCACCUCCUCAGCCUUCGGGGCAACAUAGAGAAGUGACUAACAAGGAGGAGGCAUUAAAUUUCCCUGAACAACGAAAGUAAUCCGAGACUUGCAGGUGAGAAAUGGCUCGUACAAAGCAGACUGCUCGUAAAUCCACAGGAGGAAAGGCUCCUAGGAAGCAGCUGGCCACUAAAGCAGCCAGGAAAAGCGCGCCAUCUACUGGUGGAGUGAAGAAACCCCACAGAUACAGGCCCGGUACUGUUGCUCUGCGUGAGAUCCGUCGGUACCAGAAGUCCACUGAGCUGCUCAUCAGGAAGCUGCCUUUCCAGCGUCUGGUCAGGGAAAUCGCUCAAGACUUCAAGACGGAUCUUCGUUUCCAGAGUGCAGCCAUUGGUGCUCUCCAGGAAGCCAGCGAGGCCUACUUGGUCGGCCUGUUUGAGGACACCAACCUGUGUGCCAUUCACGCAAAGAGGGUCACCAUCAUGCCCAAGGACAUUCAGCUGGCCAGGCGAAUUAGAGGGGAGAGAGCAUAAAUGCUUUUGGAUUUUUAUCUUUUUAUUGGGUUGGGGGUGGGUGGGGGACUGACUGGGGUUUGUUUUGUAAAUCUUGAACUAUUUACCAGCAUGUGUGCCACCUUAAGUGAUUUGUAGUUUGAGGCAUGUUUUUUGUAUUUCCAUUUCACACACUCUUCCUUCAGCUGUCCUGUUUGCUGUAGAGUAGUGCUUGAUAUCUGUAACUCCUAAAGCAGAAUAUCUCACUUCCUUCCUCAGGUCUGCAAAUGUAUUUUAGGGUCUGUAUCUUUUUAAUCCUGUGUGUGCAUGUCAUAGGAUUUCUCAUUGUGCUGUAAAUAAACUUUCCGCUACCUCA